GGAGCUAAUUCUGUGCUGCACAGGUGUUAUGUAUGUUUCCGUCAAACAUGUUUGGUAAUGUCUCUCCUCUUCUUUCGUGUGUCUCUGUCCAGCCGUGAAUGACAGUGGAGUUUUUCUUCUUCAAAGGUGAGCGUCCCUCCUGCUGACCGCAGGUACCCGCCAUGCUGCUCGCGCUCCUGCUGCGUCCGUCCCUCUGCUGUCCUCAGGCCGCUCCGCUUUCGUUAACUCGAUGUGUGCGGACGCUCCGGUGCGACGCCUCCAGGUCGCUGCUGCCCUCUCAGGCUGAGCACCUCCUGCGGAGGAGGCUCCCGCCGCGCCUCCACACGCAGAGCCGAGGCGCCAAGAGCCGGGGCAGGAAGUCCAGGAGCCAGGAGGAGGAGUGGAGGACCAGGAACAAGACGGUGCUGACGUACAUCGCCGCCGCCGGGGUGGGCAUGAUCGGCCUGUCGUACGCUGCCGUGCCGCUCUACAGACUCUACUGCCAGGCGUCGGGGCUCGGCGGCACGGCGGUGGCCGGACACGACGUGGAUCAGGUGGAGACGAUGAAGCCGGUGAAGGAGCGCGUCCUCAAGAUCACCUUCAACGCAGACACUCACGCCAGCAUGCAGUGGAACUUCAGACCGCAGCAGACGGAGAUCUACGUGGUUCCAGGUGAGACGGCUUUAGCUUUCUACAGAGCGAAGAACCCCACGAAUAAACCGAUCAUCGGCAUCUCCACCUACAACGUGGUGCCCUUCGAGGCCGGACAGUACUUCAACAAGAUCCAGUGUUUCUGCUUCGAGGAGCAGCGUCUGAACCCUCACGAGGAGGUGGACAUGCCCGUCUUCUUCUACAUCGACCCGGAGUUCGACGAUGACCCGCGGAUGGCCCGAGUGGACACCAUCACUCUGUCCUACACCUUCUUCGAGUCCAAAGAGGGUCAGACUCUGCCUCUGCCCGGAUACAGCUACAACUGAUCGUCCACACCGAGCGAAAUACUGAACCGGCAGCCCGAAUCUUUUUCAGAUGUCACUUUAAUCAGGAAAAAAGGAAACAAUUAUCCAAAACCAUCGUCUCUGAAACUGAAGGGGAUUCAGUCUGGGAUGGAUUAGCUCCCCCAAAAAAACUGAAAAACAAGAUUUAUUUUGUUAAAAUCAAACAAAAAGGUCAGACAUAUCUUUUGUUGG